AUGUCUAAUGGUUGGAAUUUAGAGGUAUUGUAUACAGUGUUACCACAUGAUGUUGCUUCUCAGUUGCAGCGCAUGAAACCCCAACUGGUUCCCAACCAUCAAGACCUUUGGGUGUGGGAAAGCAGCGAUAGUGGGUGCUACACCGUCAAAGAUGGGUAUACAUGGCUCGCAAACAGGUUGCAGCAAGAUGUUACCCUUGAGGAUUGGCGUUGGCUUUUGCGUUUAAAGAUUCCAGAGAGGAUCCGAAUAUUCAUCUGUCUGGUGGUGCACAAUUCCAUUCAAACUAACUUGUACCGCUUCAGAUGUAACAUCGCAGCGUCUCCUAGCUGCACUCGAUGUUCUGCUCCAGAGGAGGAUGCUAUCCACUGCUUGAGAGAUUACCUUUAUUCAAGGGAACUAUGGAUGCGCGCGAGUGCUCUUUCAUGGCCAGGUUUCUUGCAGAAUGGGUGUGAUGCGUGGGAGGGUCCAUGGACGGUGGAUGUGGCGUGGCGUCGAUUAUGCUAUGAACAUGAUGAAAUUAAGAAGGUCUUGAGUGGAGAUGCUGAACAAGAGGACGGAAAUUGGAUGGCUCGGAGGUGGCAACCUCCACCGGCAGGAGCUUUUAGCAGCUAUAAUCCCGCAGGAAAAUUCAUGGGUUCUGGAGGCCUGAUUCGCAACCACCAAGGUCAUUGGGUAUGCGGUUUUCACAGUUAUCUUGCAGGAGGUAGCGUGCUCCUGGCAGAGGCUAGGGCUCUGAAAUUGGGUUUGCAGAUAGCUAGAGAGCAAGGAAUCUGUAACUCCCCGACUUUCAGGGGUCACCGUUAA